UGAGCUCUUGUUUCCUUUCAGGGAUAUGAGACACCCAUCAUAAGCUCCAGAGACUUGCCUUCCAUAGAGACCAGCAGAGGAGUGGGCGAACAUGAAGUCCAGUCCUGCUAUCCAAGCUGCCAUUGACCUCACGGCGGGAGCUGCAGGGGGCACGGCAUGUGUACUGACCGGGCAGCCCUUUGACACCUUGAAAGUGAAGAUGCAGACAUUCCCCAGCCUGUACCGGGGCCUCACCGACUGCUGCCUGAAGACCUACUCCCAGGUGGGCUUCCGCGGCUUCUACAAGGGGACCAGCCCAGCGCUGAUCGCCAACAUUGCCGAGAACUCCGUCCUCUUCAUGUGCUAUGGCUUCUGCCAGCAGGUGGUGCGGAAAGUGGCUGGAUUGGAAAAGCAGGCCAGGCUGAGUGAUCUGCAGAAUGCGGCCGCGGGUUCCUUCGCCUCUGCCUUUGCCGCCCUGGUGCUCUGCCCCACUGAGCUUGUCAAGUGCCGGCUACAGACCAUGUAUGAGAUGGAGUCAUCAGGAAAGAUAGCCAGAAGCCAGAACACCGUCUGGUCCAUGGUGAAGACCGUCCUCAGGAAGGACGGCCCCUUGGGCUUCUACCAUGGCCUCUCCAGCACCUUACUCCGAGAGGUGCCCGGCUAUUUCUUCUUCUUUGGUGGCUACGAACUGAGCAGGUCGUUUUUUGCAUCAGGGAGAUCGAAGGAUGAACUAGGCCCUGUCCCUUUGAUGUUAAGCGGUGGAGUUGGUGGAAUCUGCCUUUGGCUUGCUGUUUACCCAGUGGAUUGCGUCAAAUCCAGAAUUCAAGUUCUUUCUAUGUCUGGAAAGCAGGCAGGAUUUAUCGGAACCGUUAUAAGCAUUGUGAGAAAUGAAGGAAUAACGGCCUUAUAUUCUGGACUGAAACCUACUAUGAUUCGAGCGUUCCCUGCCAAUGGGGCACUCUUUUUGGCCUACGAAUACAGCAGGAAGCUGAUGAUGAGCCAGUUUGAAGCAUACUGAAGUGUCCUGGAGAACCGAGAUCUAAGUCUAGGUGUUUGACGACUACAGUUCAUCUCAGGGUUUCAUGGAGUACAAGACCAAUGAGGAAUUAUUUUGAUUUCAUAGGAAUUUUGUUUUUUUGGUCUUCCCUUAGUCUACCCUAAAUCUUAAACUUUGUGGAAAGGGCCUCUAUUUUAUAUCCUAUAAUUUCUGCCCAUAAUUGUACUGAAAUAGAAAAGUUGCUGCUCUUGUCCUUGGUGGGAUAUAUAGGGUGAGUCGCCGGCCCUGUGCACAAUCUGAACGGCUAACUCUAGUUCUGUCAGGGUUUUGGCAUAAACCUGUAUGUGUCCAUG